GCCUAGUAUGUCCCAUGGCACGGGACUGGGAUUGCAGCGUGGCCAGGAACGUGACUUUGUCCUAUCGACAACUGAAGAGUUUGUUAAGAAGUUCAACGGGACCCGGGUGAUCAAUAAGGUUUUGAUAGCAAAUAAUGGUAUCGCCGCAGUAAAAUGCAUGCGCUCCAUUCGGCGCUGGUCGUACGAGAUGUUCAAAAACGAGCGCGCGGUUCGCUUUGUGGUGAUGGUAACGCCAGAAGAUUUAAAGGCGAACGCCGAGUACAUCAAGAUGGCCGACCACUACGUCCCUGUGCCGGGUGGCUCGAACAACAACAACUACGCAAACGUGGAGCUAAUCCUAGAGUUGGCACUUCGUACCCAGGUGCAGGCUGUGUGGGCCGGUUGGGGCCAUGCGUCCGAGAAUCCGAAACUGCCGGAUAUGCUGCAUCGCAAAGGCCUUGUGUUUCUGGGACCGCCCGAACGUGCGAUGUGGGCGCUUGGUGAUAAGGUUGCCUCAUCGAUCGUGGCCCAAACAGCUGACAUUCCCACCCUUCCGUGGUCCGGUUCGGAGCUAAAGGCGCAGUACAGUGGAAAGAAGAUAAAAAUUUCCAGCGAACUCUUCGCGCGCGGAUGCGUGACAACUCCGGAGCAGGGUUUGAUUGCGGCCGGCAAAAUCGGCUUUCCGGUGAUGAUCAAAGCAUCGGAGGGCGGCGGUGGAAAGGGCAUUCGCCGUGUAGAUGCCGCGGAAGAGUUCCCGGCCCUUUUCCGUCAGGUGCAGGCCGAAGUGCCCGGGUCGCCCAUUUUCGUGAUGAAACUGGCACGCGGAGCACGCCAUCUGGAGGUGCAGCUCUUGGCCGAUCAGUAUGGAAACGCGAUCAGUCUUUUCGGUCGCGAUUGCUCAAUUCAAAGGCGUCAUCAGAAGAUCAUCGAGGAAGCUCCGGCCGUCAUUGCCGACCCGGCAGUGUUUGAAGACAUGGAAAAGGCAGCGGUGCGUCUGGCGAAAAUGGUGGGCUACGUGAGCGCGGGAACGGUCGAGUAUCUCUACGACUCGGAGGGGAAGUAUUUCUUCCUCGAGCUCAAUCCACGGUUGCAGGUGGAACACCCCUGCACAGAGAUGGUGGCCGAUGUCAAUCUUCCGGCCUGCCAGUUGCAAAUCGGCAUGGGUAUACCGCUCUAUCGCAUUAAGGACAUUCGGCUGCUGUACGGUGAAAAUCCGUGGACCGGCACGGUAAUCGACUUUGACACACCGGCGCACAAACCGCGGCCUUGGGGACAUGUUAUUGCGGCACGAAUUACGUCCGAAAAUCCGGACGAAGGCUUCAAGCCGAGCUCUGGCACCGUGCAGGAGUUGAACUUCCGCUCGAGCAAAAACGUGUGGGGCUACUUCAGUGUGGCGGCGUCCGGUGGACUGCACGAAUUUGCCGAUUCCCAGUUCGGACAUUGCUUUUCGUGGGGCGAAAAUAGACAACAGGCGCGCGAGAAUCUCGUGAUCGCACUGAAAGAGCUCUCCAUUCGGGGUGAUUUCCGCACGACCGUGGAGUACCUCGUGACACUACUCGAAACCAAUAGCUUCUUGGACAACACCAUCGACACGGCGUGGCUGGAUGCACUGAUUGCGGAGCGUGUGCAAUCGGACAAACCGGAUAUUCUGCUGGGUGUGGUCUGUGGAUCGCUGCACAUCGCUGAUCGUACAAUUACGGAUGCAUUCUCCAGCUUUAAGAGCUCAAUGGAAAAGGGUCAGAUACAGGCGGCGAACACUCUGACGAACGUGGUGGAUGUCGAGCUCAUCGCCGAGGGUGUACGAUAUAAGGUGCAGGCAGCGAAGAGUGGACCGAACACCUACUUCCUCGUGAUGAACGGUGGGUUCAAGGAGGUGGAAGUGCAUCGUCUGUCGGACGGAGGAAUGCUGCUGUCGAUGGAGGGGUCGAGCUACACAACCUACAUGAAAGAGGAGGUUGAUCGUUACCGGAUCGUGAUCGGAAAUCAGACGUGCGUCUUCGAAAAGGAGAACGAUCCGUCGCUGCUACGUUCGCCAUCGGCCGGUAAGCUGAUAAGCCUGCUCGUUGAGGACGGGGCGCACGUUUCAAAGGGCCAGAGCUACGCCGAAAUCGAAGUGAUGAAAAUGGUGAUGACACUGAAGGCGAACGAGGCAGGCACGGUGACGUUCGUCCGUCGUCCGGGGGCCGUACUCGACGCCGGCACAUUGAUCGGCCACCUGGAACUGGAUGACCCGUCGCUGGUUACCAAGGCCCAACCGUAUAAGAGCGCCUGGCCUACCAUCGAGAACGUGCAGAUCCCGGAAAAUUUGAACCGGGAGCACUCGGGCUACAAGAUUAUCCUAGAGAACACGCUGGCUGGAUACUGUUUGCCCGAUCCGUACAACCCUCCGCGGCUGCGCGAGAUAAUCGAAAAGUUCAUGCAAAGUCUGCGCGAUCCGUGGUUACCGUUACUGGAGUUGCAGGAGGUCAUCGCAUCCAUUUCGGGUCGCAUACCGCUGUCUGUGGAGAAAAAGAUUCGCAAAAUGAUGCAGCAGUACAAACACAACAUCACCAGUGUGCUGGCCCAGUUUCCUUCGCAAAUGAUUGCGAGCGUAAUUGACUGUCAUGCGGCCACGCUGCAGAAGCGAGCCGAUCGCGACGUGUUCUUCAUGACGACCCAGGGUAUCGUGCAGCUGGUGCAGCGCUACCGCAACGGUAUUCGCGGACGAAUGAAGGCUGCCGUUCACGAGCUGCUCAAGCAGUACUAUGCGGUCGAAUCGCAGUUCCAGCACGGCCAUUAUGACAAGUGUGUAGCGGCGAUCCGCGAAAAGCACAAGGAUGACAUGGACGUAGUGGUGGGCACGAUAUUCUCGCACAGUCAGGUGGCAAAGAAGAACCUGCUCGUCACGCUCUUGAUCGAUCACCUGUGGGCCAACGAGCCGGGUUUGACGGACGAACUAGCGGCUACGCUUAGUGAACUGACUUCGCUCAAUAGAGCGGAACACUCGCGUGUGGCAUUGCGUGCUCGCCAGGUGCUGAUAGCAGCCCACCAACCGGCCUACGAGCUGCGCCAUAAUCAGAUGGAGUCCAUCUUUUUGUCCGCCGUUGACAUGUACGGCCAUGACUUCCAUCCGGAGAACUUGCAGCGCUUGAUACAGUCCGAAACGUCCAUCUUUGAUAUUCUACACGAUUUCUUCUACCAUUCGAACCGUGCGGUGUGCAAUGCGGCCCUGGAAGUGUACGUACGUCGUGCGUACACAUCGUACGAACUAACUUGCCUGCAGCAUCUCGAACUGUCCGGCGAGGUUCCACUAGUCCACUUCCAAUUUCUGCUUCCCACUGCCCACCCAAAUCGGUACAACUUGGAAGGUAACGACCCGGAUGCCAUUCCGGACUCGUUCAUGCGCACCGGUUGCAUGGCUGCGUUCGACUCGUUCGAGGACUUUAAUCAAUAUUCGGACGAAAUUUUGGAUCUGCUCGAAGACUACGCUUCGCCGGUGUUUGUCAAUCCGAAAGUGCUUGAAGCUGUCGACGGCGGGGAUUCGGAUCGCCGGAUGAGUACCUCGAUCAACGUGUCCAUUUCUGAUCAAGUCAACCGUACGCAUUCUUGUCGCGUUUGUUUUGUAGCUCGACCAUCGGAAGCGAUUCACAUUCUUAGUAUCGCUGUCCGUGAUAUGGGCGAUAUGGACGAUCAUCAGAUGGAGCAAGUUUUUGGCGCGUUCUGCAAUCAGCACCGGGAGGAAUUGCUGAGUCGGCGCGUGAGAAGAAUUACGUUCGCCGCCCUUAAAAAACGCCAGUUCCCGAAAUUUUUCACAUAUAGAGCUCGCGAUCAGUUUGAAGAGGAUCGCAUCUAUCGUCACCUCGAACCAGCGUGCGCCUUCCAGUUAGAAUUGAACCGUAUGAAGACCUACGAUCUGGAGGCACUGCCUACCGCAAACCAGAAGAUGCACCUGUACCUUGGUCGUGCAAAGGUUCCGAAGGGGCAGGAGGUAACCGAUUUCCGGCUCUUUAUCCGUUCGAUCAUCCGUCACUCGGACCUGAUCACCAAAGAGGCUUCAUUCGAGUAUCUGCAAAACGAGGGAGAACGAGUGCUGCUGGAAGCGAUGGACGAGUUGGAGGUGGCGUUCUCACACCCGCAGGCUAAGCGCACCGAUUGCAAUCACAUUUUCCUCAACUUUGUCCCGACUGUCAUUAUGGAUCCGGCCAAAAUUGAAGAAUCCGUCACAAAGAUGGUGAUGCGCUACGGGCCGCGGCUUUGGAAGCUGCGUGUUCUGCAGGCUGAACUGAAGAUGGUGAUCCGUCAGACGCCCCAUUCACCAACCACCUCGAUACGGCUGUGUAUUGCGAACGAUUCUGGCUACUUCUUGGACAUCGCUAUGUACGCCGAGGUGACAGAUCCGGAAACCCACGUCAUCAAGUUCCAAGCGUACGGCAAUCGCCAAGGACCGCUACACGGACUGCCCAUUUCGUCACCGUACAUGACCAAAGACUUUCUUCAACAGAAGCGCUUCCAGGCGCAAUCCAAUGGCACGACUUACGUGUACGAUAUUCCGGACAUGUUUCGUCAAAUGACCGAGCGGCUGUGGAAAGAGUUUUCCAAAGCUCGGCCAACCGAAGACAUUCGGAUUCCGGAGAAAAUUUUGCUCGAAUGCAACGAACUCAUUCUGAACGGUGACAGCCUUGAGGAGAUUCAGCGUUUGCCGGGAGAGAACAACGUUGGCAUGGUCGCGUGGCGUAUCGUGCUGGCAACGCCCGAAUUUCCGGCCGGGCGUGAAGUAAUUGUGAUCGCCAACGAUCUGACCUACCUGAUUGGUUCUUUCGGUCCACAAGAAGACUUGCUCUUCUGCAAGGCGUCGGAACUUUCGCGCCAGCGCAAGUGUCCGCGAAUUUACAUUUCGGUUAACAGUGGUGCCCGCAUCGGGCUGGCGGAAGAGGUGAAAUCGUUGUUUAAGGUCGCCUGGGAGGACCCAGAGGAGCCGGAGAAAGGUUUCAAAUAUCUCUACCUUACCACCGACGACUACAGCAAGAUCGCCAAUACAAACUCUGUCCGUGCGAUCUUGAUCGAGGAUGAAGGCGAACCACGGUACAAAAUCACCGAUAUUAUUGGCAAAACGGAUGGGCUGGGCGUGGAAAACCUUCGGUACGCGGGCAUGAUCGCGGGAGAAACUUCGCGCGCAUACGAAGACGUUGUUACCAUCUCGAUGGUGACAUGUCGCACGAUCGGUAUCGGUUCGUACCUGGUUCGGCUGGGACAACGAGUCAUUCAAAUCGAAAACUCUCACAUCAUUCUGACCGGUUUCGCGGCACUCAACAAGUUACUGGGGCGCAAGGUGUACGCAUCGAACAACCAGCUCGGUGGCAUCCAGAUUAUGCACAACAACGGCGUUACGCACAAAACCGAGGCCCUCGACCUGGACGGUGUUUACACGAUCCUUCACUGGUUGUCGUACAUUCCAAACAUGCGUGGUGGUCUGCUACCGAUCGUGUCAUCAAGCGAUGCGAUUGAUCGAAUGAUCGAUUUCACGCCAACCAAGGCACCGUACGAUCCGCGUUGGAUGCUCGCCGGGCGGUACAAUCCCGCCAAUCCCGCCGACUGGGAGACGGGUUUCUUCGACCGGGGGACAUUCACCGAGAUCAUGGAAGCGUGGGCGCAGACAGUAGUUACGGGACGAGCAAAGCUGGGUGGCAUUCCGGUCGGAGUGAUUGCUGUUGAGACGCGCACGGUUGAAGUGACCAUCCCGGCGGAUCCGGCCAAUCUCGAUUCGGAAGCAAAAACGUUCCAGCAAGCGGGGCAAGUUUGGUUCCCCGACUCAUCCUUUAAAACCGCCCAGGCAAUCAAAGAUUUCGGGCGUGAAGAGUUGCCGCUCAUCAUUUUGGCCAACUGGCGCGGCUUUUCUGGUGGACAGAAGGAUAUGUACGAGCAAAUUGUUAAGUUUGGAGCGUACAUAGUCGAUGGAUUGCGAGAGUACACACAGCCUGUUAUCGUGUAUCUUCCACCUAAUGCGGAGCUACGAGGCGGUGCGUGGGCUGUUCUCGAUCCAACUAUCAAUCCACGCUACAUGGAAACGUACGCCGAUCCAGAAUCCCGUGCCGGUGUUCUAGAACCGGAAGGCAUUGUGGAAGUGAAGUACAAGGAAAAAGAUAUCAUUAAAACGGUACACCGUCUCGAUCCCAUGGUCCUAGACCUAAAACAGCAGCUGGCAGCCGCUGGAGAUAACAAGGAGAUGGUGGAUGAUCUGGAGGGCAAAAUAAAGACACGAACGAACGCGCUGCUGCAAAAUUAUCAUCCGGUGGCAGUGCACUUUGCCGAUCUGCAUGAUACUCCGGAGCGAAUGCUCGAGAAAGGCUGUAUAAGCGAGAUCGUACCGUGGCGCAACUCACGUUGUUUGAUCUACUGGCGUUUGCGGCGUCUCUUACUCGAGGAACACUUCAUCAAGCAGAUGCUAGAGGUGCAGGAAGGGUUAGCGGUUGGACAAGCCAAGUCAAUGUUGCGGCGCUGGUUCGUCGAGGAUAAGGGUGCAACGGAAGCAUACCUUUGGGAGUCCAAUCAACCGGUGGUGGAUUGGUUAGAGAAUCAGAAACGACCCGACUCCACCGUUAGUCGUAACAUUAACGCAGUUAAAAAGGACGCAAUAAUCUCACAGAUACAAAAGUCCUUGAAUGAUUGUCCAGAGGUGGCCCUAGAUGCGGUGGUGGGAAUGUGUCAGGCAUUAUCGCCAGCACAACGAGGAGAAGUGGUCAAAACGCUGGCACAGCUGGAGUUCACCGAGAAAGAACAUGGCAACAUUGGAUGACAACGUUUCAGCUACUCAUAACGCAAACGGUCGAGAAGGAAACGAUAGGUUGGCUAUCAACGCAACGCAGGGCAUGGUUACAGCGUAGCACCUUUUACUGGAAAGGUUCCACUAUGGAUUGGGGGGAAGUGUAACAGUUAGGCACAGUAGAUAAUAAGGAGACAACAAUUAAGAGACCAUCGGGAAACGUUCGUGUUCAACUGCAACGCCACCACAAACAUCUACGAGAAACUGCUAGUGUUCUACAAUUAUUACUGGUCUUUUUCAUUGUGGCAGGCACGCACAUAGCAAGGAUCGAAUCGGAAAUAAUAUUCGCAGGAAUUCCGUCUCCUCCAGGCUUCAAGCAUGAAUUAGCAGCGCACAUUUAAAAGUGAGGUAGGAUUUCUGCAUUGCACGAGAAAAAGAAGAAAAUAUUUAAACAUGUUAAACAGCAGGCACAUUCAAAAUGUAUUUUCAAAUCUUACAUUUAGGCGCUCCACAACGUAACACAACACUAAAGACAUCCAAAAACACAACAAAUGUUCACGUUGGGAAUCGUAACGAUCAAAGCAACGCGAAUUAAAAAAGCAAAUAACAUAGAAUUCAGAGACCUCCAAAAAUGCGGACACGAUGAAUCCGUGCGUUCUGUAAAGUAUAUUGAGUUAUAAGCGUCGUUCGUUGGUUAGUUUAGGUUAGUUUCUAUUCUUUAGAAGAUUAGAAAUGGGCGGUUUUGAACUCUUCCUCUCGAUUCUGCCAUUUACAUUUGUCCGUUUUUCCUUUACUUGGGCUUUUUUCACUUCGUUGCUAACAACCCUUCUGUGAGAAGCUUUAUCGCGGGUUCCGUCGCUAAGAAGAGCAACCAAUAGAUGUGAACAGUAGGGAGUUUUGCACUACGCGCUGGCAGGUCGUGUGUUUAUUUGUAUAUUUCAAUUUCAGACGACACAAAUAUCUGAAAUAAAAAUCGUAACCGGUACGGUACUGGCAUAUUCAGUUGAA